GCGCUAAUCUCCAUGAGUCCUGCAAACCGGCCACAAGCUUCACCAGCCACAAGUCGCGUCCAACACAUUUGGGGUCUCCAACCAUGACCCUUUCCCAUGAUUACGAAGAAGUGCAGCGCACCCCUGUCUCUUCUGAAGACGAUGAAAUAGACAUCGUCGGAGGAGACCACAGCGAUAGCGACCGAGAGUAUUUCAUCAUGCCUUGCAGGGACCUUACGGAGGCGGAUCACUCAGGGUCCGAGUCUUCAGGAGAGAGCGAGAGCAGCUUCUCCGCCGCGACCGCCACAAAGCAGACCUCCGCCGUCAAACCUCCCUAUUCCUACAUCGCCCUGAUAACCAUGGCGAUCCUCCAGAGCCCGAUGAAGAAGCUGACCCUCAGCGGCAUCUGCGACUUCAUCAGCAACAAGUUCCCGUACUACAAGGAGAAAUUCCCCGCGUGGCAGAACUCCAUCAGACACAACUUGUCACUCAACGACUGCUUCAUCAAGAUCCCACGAGAGCCUGGAAACCCGGGGAAGGGCAACUACUGGUCCCUGGACCCUGCAUCUGAGGACAUGUUUGACAACGGCAGCUUUCUGCGCAGAAGGAAAAGAUUUAAGAGGAACCACCCCGAGUUCACCAAAGACAACCUGGUGCUUUACCACCCAACGUUGAGUUAUGGAGCAUAUGGGCGACCUUACUGCGUCUCUGGGCCGCUUCCAGCCCAGGCUAAUCCUAUUGGAUAUUUGCCAGUGCCGGAUGGCAUCAUGGUGCCACCUCCAUAUUUCCAAUAUCAGACUCUCAACAUUAAAGUCCACGAAGCUCCUGAAAUCCAGCAAAGGCCCGAGCACAAGUCCCAGAAGUGUUCGUUCAGCAUUGACAGCAUAAUGGCCAAGUCGACGGCGUCUCCUCACAAAAACUCUCCUCAUCAUCUCACACCUGACUAUAGUUAUGUACUUCCCAGGCCGACAUCAUGUGUGAUUCCAAGUUUGUUACCAGUGGCAGCAAGGACUGCUCUGCUGAAGACCGUUCCUUUCACAGAAACUCUGGGGAUGCUGUAUCCUCACUGAUGAACUGUGUCUGGAAAACUCACCGAUUCAUCUUAAUAGAUUUGUAACAUAAAAUAUGUGUCUGUCUUUGCUCUUAUGUUAUAGUUUUAAUGUAAAUAAAUAAAUAGUAAUAUAUUUGCUAGUCUAAAAUCCUGUAUGUAUUAAAAUGCAUGUUUAAAUAAACCACCAUCGUCAAAUCUCAAUUGGCCUACGUGUUAUUC